AUGUCCUACGUUAUUGCAGGCCGCAAGAUCGGCGCAGAGUGGCUCUCCAUCGCCACACUCACCACCUUCUUCGGUGGCGUGGCCUAUGCCGUGUCUGGCUCACCCUCCACAAAGACAACCGAGGAACUCAAAAAGGCCAUGCCUCCCAUUGACGCGAGCAGCAAGGACGAAGAGUCAUUCAUCUUGAACUUCAUCAAGGAGGAAGAGGAAAAGGCAAAGAGUGCAUUGCCAGUACCCGCGCACUAG